AUGAGAUCAUUAGUUUACACGAAUGUAUUUUUCUAUCAAUCAAUUGCAGUCUCACCAUUAGUAGAUUUAACAUUUAUCGAUGAGAAUAGUUUACACUGCUUUCAUGAUUUAUUAACUACAAGCUUUAAAUAUGAAAAUGAAACAGCUUUUGGUAUGUUGGUAGAGAUAUCAAAGCAAUCAUUGGAUCAACCCGGUUUUAUCUACCAAAUGUGUCUCGGUUGGAAACCAACAAGAAAGAGACUAGACAUGUUGCUAAGACAUAUCGACUAUUCACAUCUUGAAAGAUAUAUUCAAUGGAUGAUCAAUGUCCCAAUAUCAACUGGUGAUUUGAUCAUGUUUGAUAAAUUAUGUAAAGAUAUAUUGGGUGAUCCAACACACAAACAAUCACAACACUCUAUGAGUAUAAUGGACAUACUGCUAUACAAACAACUUUAUCAAAAAGAUCUUUCACACCUAAACAAUCCAUUUAAAGAUUUAAUCAACAAAUUAAAUAAUAAUCAAAAUAAUAAUCAAAAUAAUAAUCAAAAUAAUAUUAAUCAAAAUAUUAAUAAUGAAUCAAAAUAUGAAAUAAUAUAUUAUAUGGUCAACAAAUUAAAGGAGUAUGGAUUAGAUUUAAGAAAUCAACUUUUUGUUGCAGCCAUGCAAUGUGGAGAUAAUCAUGAGAUUUUGAAAUGGUUCAAAGACAGUUUUACAGUAAAAGUGGAGUUGGAUAUACUCUGUCAAAGUCAAUUCGAUCAAAUUCAACUCUUUGCAUCAACUGAAACUUUAAAUUUGAUCAAAUACCAACAAAUGUUCGCAUCAGACAAUGCACCAAUAUUGCAGUACUCAAACUAUAUGUUCCUUGUGACCCUAAAUUUUUGUCAACCACAUCAACACGGAUGA